UUUCGAAAGGUUCACCGUUCGCCGGCUUGGGCCGUAAGUACUCCGUCCCCCCUCCCCCGAGAUGGCGUCCGAGCGGAGUGAGGUGGACGAACGGCUGAUCGCCCGCUUCAACCAGGAGCUGGGCACGGACCUGAGAAACAUGCACAAGUGUGCGGAUCUGGUAAAGUACUACCGGUCCGAGCUGGAAGACUUGCGGGACAAGAUCACAGUGACGGAGGCCGAUUGCAUCCCGAGCGUAAAGAGUGCUGUGCAAACGAGUCAGUCGCUCUUGCGCGAGCUCCAAUCGAAGGAGGCCACCAUCGGGGAGUACGAUGCCAAAGUAACGCAACGGAUCGAAACGCACCGGCAGCUGAUGGAAACGGUCGGCGCCCGGAUGGAGCAGAUUCGUGAACUGCAAACGGUGCGCGACUAUCUGGCGCUGGUGCAAGACAUUACGAACAUUAGCGAAGCGCUGGAAGCGUCGGCCAGCGGCAAAGACGACGGGAAGCCCGUUGCGCUCUACGUGGCACUGGCUGGGCCGAACAGUAUUCUGGAUCGGCUGGGCGGCAUCGAGGCACCGCAGCUAAAAAUGUACGCCCGCAGCACGGCCUUUCACUGGCACGAGGUGCUGCUCCAAAAGUAUUCGGUCGAGUUCGAGGCCUUGCUGAAGACGAUCAAGUGGCCUAACCUGAACCAAACGCUCGAACAGUUUAACCCGUCGAAGGACCACAUCCACAAGCUGGUCGUGCUGUCGGAGUCCCUGUUUCUGCUGAAGCUUCCGGGUGACCAGGACCUGCUGAGCGUCAAGCUGACACCUUCGAUCUACUGCCGACCGUACUCGGCACCGAUCGAGCUGUUCGUGAAACCGUUCCGACAGCGGUUCAAGUUUCACUUCACCGGCCACAAGCAAACCAACCGGCUGGACCGUCCCGAGUGGUACCUGACGCAGGUGCUGCAGUGGGCCAAAGAGAAUCACAUUUUCGUCGGCCAACACUUUCAAUCGCCCGCUCUACGGGCGGGCAUUACCAAUAGCAACGUCAGGCUCGAGUUUGUUCGGGGAUUGGUUCAGUUGGCGGUGGAAAAACUAAUCAUCGACAUUGAGCAGAUCGUGCGGGACGAAGCGCUUUUUGCGCACCUUAUCGACGAGGUGCUGGCGUUCGAGGAGGAUCUAAAGCAGACGCUCGGCUACCCGACCAGUUUCCCCAGUGUCGUUUCGGUGCUGCUGCAACCGGUUUACUUCCUAAAGUGGAUGGCCAUCGAAGAGAAAUUCACCACCGACAAGAUGGAUGCGAUGCUGAACACCGACGAUCCGUUCGAUUUGCUCGAUCCGGCCAACUUGGACGAGCUAAAGAUCCCAAAGUGUGCCGAUCAGUUUGUGCGAUUGCUGGACGCGAUCAAGGAGCGGUACCGCUCGCUGCCACAGCCCGGCCAGCGGUUACAGUUUCUGGAUCUGCAGCUCAAGCUGAUCGACAAUUUUCGGCGCCGCCUGGUGCAGCUGUACAACGAUCCGACGAAUGCGGCCAAUCCGACCAAAAUUAUCAACGCCAUCCACUACCUCACGUCGGUGCUGAGGGACUGGGGUGAAAGUGUGCACUAUUUGCACCUGCACGCCACCCUGUACGGUCCCGAUUCGGACGAGAUCAGCUCCGUGUUUGACCGGACGAUCGAAGAGCUCGACCACUGGCAGCACACGCUUGUGAACGGGUUGGUGACGUGGAUUGUGCACGAGAUCACGGUCCGUUCGCGCCCGUACCGGUACGAUCUGUGGCCCUCGAUGGGGGUGCACGAUGCCAAGGAAACGCUAGCGGUAUCGGCCAGCGCAAGCGAGAUGUUUCAGACGGCCAUCAAGCUGCUGCACGACAUGGAGCAGGAACUGUCGGCGAACGUGUUUUCGGUCGUGCUGCGCAUGAUCGCUGGCCAGCUGGACGAGUGGAUCGUGGCGAACAUGGUGAUGAACACCAAGUUUUCGGCCGGCGGCAUCCAGCAGUUUGCCUACGACAUGACGCGCAAUCUGUUCGUGAUGUUCGGCCAGUACACCGACCAUCCGAAGCUACUGUUCAAAAGAACUAAUGACGCUUGCAUACUGCUCACCUUGCCGCUCGGUUCGGCGCUGCUUUUGCGUGAAACGCUUCGAAACGAAACGACCGAAAGUGAGGACGUAACGCGGGCGCUACGGGAGAUCGGCAUCGUGAUCUGCAAUAAGGGCACCGCCCUGGAUGUGCUCGAUCGACGGAACGACAUGCCAGCGAUUGGCUGAGAUGCGAGAUCGGUGACGGGGCUCGGGUUUG